AUGUUAAUCAAUUCCAGUGUGAGGGGGAAUGAAGAGAAUUUAGAUAAUAAGCUUAGCAAUAAAUUUCAAGUAAUGUUGCUCCAUAAAGUUGAACAUCUUUAUGAUCGACACAAAAUCGCUAAUGUCCUUUUCAAUAUUUCAAUAAUUGCAAGCAUACAUCUUGAGAGAACCGCUCACUUGAUGAAGAUAAUUGCUGAUGCUACCUGGGGUAAUUGUCAAUUACGAUUUGCUCUAGACAUAAUCAAUUUACCGCCUUCUUUUCCUUCUUUAUUGCUAUUAAUCGCGAUCAUGCUACGUGCAGCAGUCAUCUCAUCAGAAACAAACGGAAAGAAGUUGAAGGAAGAUUCACAAGAAGAACCAAAACUUGUGUUACUCGCGUUCACAAUUUAUCGAACAUCGAAUGCUUUCUUUUAUCCACAAACUGAAAUACCUAAACCAAACCACACCAAAGAUCGGCCUCUGCAAGGAGUCAUGUUUAACCAAGAUUUAAUUUCCAAGAAACCUCUUUUAUAUGCAAAUUUCGCUUCAUGCUUUAGCGCGAUGUUGAAACGAAACCAGCCAAAAGCAAAGGAGAAAAAAAAAUCAAAACGCGAUUGUCGAGCUCGAUCAUUAUUAACAAAUGCGUGA